AUGCCCGCGAUCACUCAAGCCACUUCAGGCUUGGUCGCAACUAAAGGGAGCGAGCAGAACGGUGAGGCAGAUGUUACAAUGCUCCAGUCAGCGACUCCGAGAGGAGAGUUUGAAAAAGCGGGGCCCGUAGGACGAACGGCAGAGGUAAAGCCUGCACGGGCGCUCGCUGCGCAGGACCCCCAGCUGUACGAGCUGCUGGUCGAGGAGAAACAGCGACAAGUCUCUGGUCUCGAGCUCAUUGCCUCAGAAAACUUUACGUCCCAGGCUGUGCUGGAAUGUCUCGGCUCCUGCUUGACGAACAAAUACAGCGAGGGUUACCCAGGCGCUCGGUACUACGGAGGAAACGAUGUGAUUGACCGUAUUGAGUCUCUGUGCCAACGUCGCGCCUUGGAGGCCUUCGGCCUGAACGCGGAGGAGUGGACUGUGAAUGUUCAGCCGUAUAGCGGCAGUCCAGCUAACUUGGCCGUCUUCGUGGGACUUCUUCAGCCACACGAUCGAAUCAUGGGGCUCGAUCUCCCUUCUGGGGGACACCUCACGCAUGGCUUCUACACGGCGAAGAAGAGGAUCAGUGCGACGUCGAUUUUCUUCGAGUCUUUGCCAUACGGCGUGCACGAAACGACCGGACUGAUUGACUACGAGGAGCUGCGGAAGCGGGCUCUUGUGUUUCGGCCAAAGCUGAUCAUAUGUGGUCACUCGGCGUACCCAAGAGAUCUGGACUACGCGAAGUUUAGAGAAAUUGCAGAUGCCACGGGCGCGAUGCUGAUGUGCGAUAUGGCACACACGAGUGGCUUGAUCGCCGCCAAGCUCCUCACAUCCCCCUUCCAGUGGUGCGAUAUUGUCACGACAACGACGCACAAGUCUCUGCGAGGCCCCCGGAGCGGAGUGAUAUUCGUCAAUCGAAAGAAUGUGCCAGAAGGGGAGGAACGCAUCAACGCCUCUGUCUUCCCGUCUCUUCAGGGCGGGCCGCACAAUCACCAGAUUGCAGCUCUCGCCUGUCAACUGAAAGAGGUUUUGUCGCCCUCCUGGGCGACUUACGCAUCUCAAGUUAUCCAGAACUGCAAGGCUUUGGCUGAGCGCCUUCAAGGCCAUUGGGGUCACAAACUGACGACCGGGGGGACGGACAAUCACCUAAUUGUUGUGGACCUGCGGCCAGACGGAAUAACAGGGGCAAAGAUGCAACUUUGCUGCGAUGAAGCAAAUCUUACGCUCAACAAGAAUACUGUCCCUGGUGACACGUCGGCAGCGAAUCCCUCCGGAGUGCGAAUAGGAUCUCCGGCUCUGACGAGUAGAGGCUUCAAGGAAAAAGACUUUCAUCGGGUCGCCGAUUGGUUGCAUGAAAUCAUCCUUGUUGCGCAAGAAAUUCAGACAACACACGGCAAGAAGAUUGUGGACUUCAAGAAAGGCGUCCACGGGCAUCCGCGCUUAGCCGAAAUCAGGCGUGAAGUUACCGACUUCGCACGCAGCUUUCCGAUGCCAGGCCACACUGACAUCUAA